ACACAAAACAUAAGAAAAGAAGUGUGUCAGAAACGUCAGUUUUGAGUUGUUAAAUUUUGGAAAGGAGAAAAUCAAUACCUUUAACAAUGCUCUUUGACAGCACAAAAAUGUUCGCACGGGUGACGUUUUACCCAACCUUACUUUACAACGUUUGCAUGGAAAAAUUAACGCCGCGACGCUGGUACGACCGCAUAGAUGACACCGUGAUAUUGGGGGCCCUGCCUUUCCCAAGUCUAACAAAAGAGCUUGUAGAAAAGGAAAAUGUAAAGGCGGUGAUAUCAAUGAACGAAGAUUACGAAUUAAUGUUAGCAAAUAACGGAGAGAGAUGGAAAAAAGCAGGUGUUUUUUUCUUACAAUUAGCAACAACAGACAUAUUUUCAACCCCUUGUCAAUCAAAACUAGUAGAAGGUGUUCAAUUUAUAAAUAAAUUUGUAGAUCCACAAAAUAUAAAAGCAGAUAUUUCGAAUUCUUCUGUUUAUGUACACUGUAAAGCUGGCCGCACACGUAGUGCGACUUUAGUGGGAUGCUAUUUAAUGCAGAGAUACAAUUGGACCCCAGAACAGGCUGUUAAACAUAUGCAAGAAAAAAGGUCCCAUAUUUUGUUGCAUACAAGACAGUGGGAAGCUUUGAGAGUCUUCCAUAAAAAGAAUAAACAUAUACUUGACAAUAAUGAAUGCUCAUAGUUUUAAUUACUUAUAAUCGAUAUUUUAUUUAUGUAGUUUUAGGUAUAUUAAUUUUUAAUAAAAU